CUCCAUCUCAAAAACAAACAAAACUAACAAUAAGUUUGUUUCUUAUGUUGGUAUAACAGCAUGGUGGUUAGUUCAUAAUAUGAAAUUAAAAAUUUUUGAAUAUGGGUAUACCCCUAUAUUCAGAUUUUCCCAAUUCUUUCAAAGACAUAUUUUUACAGUAGGUUUGUUGAAAUCUGGAUCAAAAUAGAGUUCACAUAUUGCACUUGGUGGCUAAAACUCUUAAACUUCUUUAAUCCAUGACAGUUUCCCUCCUGUGUUUUGUUUUGGUUUGUUUUAAUUGAUGCUGCUGAUUUGUAGAAAAACUAGAUCAUUUGUCCUGUAGAAUAUUCUGUAUUCUGCUUUUAGCUAACUGCUUCCUUGUACUGUCAUAUAAUUGUUUUCCAUUGCUUCAUAUUUCUGUAAACAGGCAGCUAGAUCUAGAGGCUUGAUCAGAUUCAGAUCAGAUUUUCCUAAAUCACCUUUUUAGGGAAAAGUAAUUCAUAGUUGGCACUGUGCACUUCCUAUUACAUUGCAUCAUGAGUCCCUUACAGUCAGGUGUCCCACUUUCAGUGAUGUCAUAUUGAUGUGUUUAAAUGUUGUUCAUUUAAUCCUUUCCUUUUUUGCACCUAAAUUAGCAUGCAUUCUCAAUGAGGGUGGAGGAUAUCUCAAACUUGUUUGUGACAAGGAAGAGCCCAAAAACUCAUAGCACUGGCUUCUGUGGACUUCACACACCUCCAGGAGAGGAACCCAGAAAACUGAUCACUUCUGACGGCUCUAAAAAACCAUGCCCCAUUUGUUGGUGACUUUCAGGGAUGUGGCCAUUGACUUCUCUCAGGAGGAAUGGGAAUGCCUGGACCCUGCUCAGAGGGACUUGUACAGGGAUGUGAUGUUGGAGAACUACAGCAACCUGAUCUCAUUGGACUUGGAAUCCAGUCGUGAGAUUAACAAGUUAUCUUCAGAAAAGGAAAUUUAUGAAAUGGAAUCACUCCGGUGGGAGAAUAUGGGGAAGUUUAUCAACCAUCACGUUCAAUACAAUGGUCUUGGAGACAAUAUGGAGUGCAAAGACAACUUAGGGGGUCAAGAAGCAAGUCAGGAAGGACUUUACAUGUAUGUCAAAAUUACCUGUGAAGAAAAGGCCACUGAAAGCCAUUCAACCUCUUCUACUUUUCACCAGAUAAUUCCUACCAAGGAAAAAUUGCACAAAUGUAAGGAAUGUAGACAAGAUUUUUGCUACCUGUCAUGCCUUAUUCAACAUGAGAAAAAUCAUAAUACAGAAAAACGCUCUAAAGUCAGGAAGCAUAGGAAUACCUGCAGCAAAAAGCCAAGCUAUAGUCAACAUCAGAUAAUUCAGACUGGUGAGAAACCUUAUGAGUGUAUGGAAUGUGGAAAGGCCUUUGGUCGUAGUUCUGAUCUCAUUCAACAUCAGAAAAUUCAUACUAAUGAAAAACCUUAUCAGUGUAAAGCAUGUGGGAAAGCUUUUAUUCGUGGUUCACAGCUCACUGAACAUCAGAGAGUUCAUACAGGAGAGAAACCAUAUGAAUGUAAGAAAUGUGGAAAAGCCUUUAGUUACUGUUCACAAUAUACGCUUCAUCAGAGAGUUCAUAGUGGUGAAAAACCUUAUGAAUGUAAAGAAUGUGGGAAGGCCUUUAUUCUUGGCUCUCAACUUACUUACCAUCAAAGAAUUCAUAGUGGUGAGAAACCCUAUGAGUGUAAGGAAUGUGGAAAGGCCUUUAUUCUUGGUUCACACCUUACAUAUCAUCAGAGAGUUCAUACUGGUGAAAAACCUUAUAUAUGUAAAGAAUGUGGGAAAGCCUUUUUAUGUGCCUCCCAACUGAAUGAACAUCAGAGAAUUCAUACAGGUGAGAAGCCCUAUGAAUGUAAAGAAUGCGGAAAGGCCUUUUUUCGUGGCUCACAACUUACUUACCACCUGAGAGUUCAUUCAGGUGAGAGACCCUAUAAGUGCAAAGAAUGUGGGAAAGCUUUUAUUUCUAAUUCUAAUCUUACUCAACAUCAAAGAAUUCAUACGGGAGAGAAGCCCUACAAAUGUAAGGAAUGUGGAAAGGCCUUUAUUUGUAGCAAACAACUUAGUGAACAUCAGAGAAUUCAUACAGGUGAGAAACCCUUUGAAUGUAAGGAAUGUGGAAAGGCUUUUAUUCGUGUUGCAUAUCUUACUCAACAUGAGAAAAUUCAUGGUGAGAAACAUUAUGAAUGUAAGGAAUGUGGGAAGACCUUUGUUCGUACUACACAACUUACAUAUCAUCAAAGAAUUCAUACAGGUGAAAAGCCCUACAAAUGUAAGGAAUGUAACAAGGCCUUUAUUUAUGGCUCACAGCUUAGUGAACAUCAGAGAAUUCAUAGAGGUGAAAAACCUUAUGAAUGUAAACAAUGUGGGAAGGCUUUUAUUCGUGGUUCACACCUUACUGAACAUCUGAGAACUCAUACUGGAGAGAAACCCUAUGAAUGUAAGGAAUGUGGGAAAGCCUUUAGUCGUGGUUCAGAACUUACUCUGCAUCAAAGGAUCCAUACUGGUGAGAAACCCUAUACAUGUGUCCAGUGUGGCAAAGACUUUAGACGUCCUUCACAACUUACUCAACAUAUAAAGCUUCAUAAUUGAGAAAGCCUUGAAUGUGAUUAAAUAUAAGAAGGUCUUCAUCAUCAAUAUCAUAUCUAUAUGAAUGUAGGACAUCCUUUUGCUUCUGCUUAGAAUCGACUCAUUCUUAGAAGGCCUAUAUUAACCUGGAUGCAGAAUGACUUCAGAAACCCCUUAGAUAAUUUACAUUUGUAUAACCCUAGAAUAUAAAGCUGAAUUAUAUCCUUUAUCAAGGAUCAUCUCCAUUUCACCAUAUCCUAGCUGAAAUCAGAUACAUUUCUUAAUUUCAUUUGUAAAAUACUGUGAUUUUAUUAUAAUGAUGAAAUUAUAAAUAAUUAAAUACAUAUAAUUCCCUUU